ACCUAGUGCUUCCUUCACAGACGGCUGCAUGAUAAUCCCAAUCUGAGGCCAUUAGUGCUCUGAGAGAGACAGAGAGAGAGAGGCAGGGAGGAGUGACUGCUCCGGUCAGAGACGCGCACGGCUGAAAAAAGGACGGCAGAACGGGAGGAGAGCUUUUAAGGGAUUUAGGGAAGAUUCUCAUGCCGUAAUGUUGCUCUUCCCUCUGCUCCAAAACCCUCGAUGGCCUCUUCUUCAUUUAGCCUUUUGUAAAAUAUGACAUCAGUCUUUUUGUUUUUUUUCUUCAAAUAUCUUCUAACUUGUUUUGUGUUUAGUUUUUUUUUUUCUUUUUUAAUCGUGCAGAGCAGGCAGUCUGAGAUGACAGAGCCUCGGGUUUGACGCGCGGUCCGUUGAAUCUGGACCGAGGUCAGAGGCCCGUCUGGACAAUCUCCUGCGAUGGAUGGAUGGAUGAAUGAAUGAAGAGCGAUCCAUGAAGAAUGGGCAGGUAGACGGAGUGGCCCGGUGCUGCCAGUACCUCUGCUGGACAUCAUCAUGACGCCAGAGGCCCGUCCAUCCUGUCUCCUCUGCGGUUCUACUUUGCUGUUUGCGUCCCGUCCAUGGCUUCGUGCGCUUUGGCUCCUGCUGGCGGGCUUCAGCCCCCUCUCGCUGGGCACCCAACCCCAGUCCAGCCUCAAAAUCGAGGGCGACAUCACCCUGGGCGGGCUCUUCCCGGUGCACUCCCGGGGGCCCGCCGGCGUGCCCUGCGGCGAGAUCAAGAGGGAGAAGGGGAUCCAUCGGCUGGAAGCCAUGCUGUACGCCUUGGACCAGAUCAACAGCGACCCUGACCUGCUGCCUAACAUCACCCUGGGGGCCCGCAUCCUCGACACCUGCUCCAGGGACACCUACGCCCUGGAGCAGUCGCUCACCUUCGUACAGGCCCUCAUCCAGAAGGACAACUCGGGGGUCCGCUGCUCCAACGGGGAGCCCCCCAUCAUCCCCAAACCAGAGAGGGUGGUGGGAGUGAUCGGAGCGUCGGGCAGCUCCGUGUCCAUCAUGGUGGCCAACGUGCUCCGACUGUUUGCGAUCCCCCAGAUCAGCUACGCCUCCACCGCCCCGGAGCUGAGCGACAACAGCCGCUACGAGUUCUUCUCGCGUGUGGUGCCGCCGGACUCCUACCAGGCCCAGGCCAUGCUGGACAUCGUCAAGGCCAUGGGAUGGAACUACGUCUCCACGCUGGCCUCCGAGGGCAACUACGGGGAGAGCGGCGUGGACGCCUUCGUGCAGAUAUCCAGGGAAGCAGGGGGCCUCUGCAUUGCUCAGUCCAUAAGGAUCCCCAGAGAGCCCAGACGAGGCGAGUUCGACAAAAUCAUCAAGAGGCUGAUGGAGACAUCUAACGCUCGCGGGGUCAUCAUCUUUGCCAACGAGGAUGACAUCAAACGGGUGUUGCAGGCUGCGAAAAAGGCCAACCUGACGGGCCACUUCCUGUUUGUCGGGUCCGACAGCUGGGGGGCCAAGAGCUCCCCCAUCGAAGAUCAGGAAGAGGUGGCAGAGGGAGCGGUCACCAUCCUGCCGAAAAGAGCCUCGAUUGACGGGUUCGACCAGUACUUCACCUCGAGGUCGCUCGAAAACAACAGAAGAAACAUCUGGUUUGCCGAGUUCUGGGAGGACGACUUCAAGUGCAAACUGACUCGACCCGGCAUCAAAUACGACCCCGACAGAAGGAAAUGCACAGGCGAAGAAAGAAUCAGCCGGGACUCUCAGUACGAACAGGAGGGCAAGGUGCAGUUUGUCAUCGACGCCGUGUACGCCAUGGCCCACGCACUGCACAGCAUGCACAUGGACCUCUGUCCCGGCUCCAUGGGCGUCUGCGAGAAGAUGGACCCCGUGGAGGGGCGGAUGCUCCUCCAGUACAUUCACUCUGUCAACUUUAACGGCAGCGCAGGUACGGCGGUGAUGUUCAAUGAGAACGGAGACGCUCCGGGUCGCUACGACAUCUUCCAGUACCAAAUGUCCAACGUCAGCAACCCUGGAUACAGGGUCAUCGGGCAGUGGACAAACCACCUGCGGCUUAACCUCGAGGAGAUGCAGUGGUCAGGAGGCGACCGCAAGAUCCCAGAGUCCGUGUGCAGUUUCCCCUGUGAGCCUGGUGAGAGGAAGAAGAUGGUGAAGGGCGUUCCCUGCUGCUGGCACUGCGAGCUCUGUGACGGCUACCAGUUCCUGCUGGACGAGUUCUCCUGUGACAUGUGUCCUUUCGACAUGCGGCCCCUGAGGAACCGCACAGGCUGUCGGCCCACGCCCAUAAUCAAGUUGGAGUGGAGCUCUCCCUGGGCCAUCAUCCCCGUCUUCCUGGCCAUCCUGGGAAUCCUGGCCACCACCGGAGUCAUCGCCACCUUCGUCCGCUUCAACGACACGCCCAUCGUUCGCGCAUCCGGCAGAGAGCUGAGCUACGUCUUGCUGACGGGCAUCUUCCUCAUCUACCUCAUCACCUUCUUCAUGAUUGCAGAGCCCAGUGCGGGUGUGUGCACCAUACGCAGGCUGCUGCUGGGUCUCGGGAUGUGCAUCACCUACUCCGCCAUGCUCACCAAGACCAAUCGGAUCUACCGGAUCUUUGAACAGGGCAAGAAAUCGGUCACGCCUCCCAAGUUCAUCAGCCCCACUUCUCAGCUGAUUAUCACCUUCAUCCUCAUUUCGGUUCAGUUACUGGGGGUGUUCAUUUGGUUUGGCGUGGUUCCCCCUCACACUACCAUUGACUACGACGAGCUAAAGCCUCCGAAUCCGGAGUUUGCGCGUGGGAUCCUGAAGUGCGACAUGUCCGAUCUGUCCCUCAUACUCUGCCUGAGCUACAGCAUUGUGCUCAUGAUCACCUGCACGGUGUACGCUAUCAAGAGCAGAGGAGUCCCAGAGACCUUCAACGAGGCGAAGCCCAUCGGCUUCACCAUGUACACCACCUGCAUCAUCUGGCUGGCCUUCGUCCCCAUCUUUUUUGGAACAGCACAGUCUACAGAGAAGAUGUUCAUCCAGACCACCACCCUGACUGUUUCCAUGAGCCUGAGCGCCACCGUGUCCCUGGGCAUGCUCUACAUCCCCAAGGUCUACGUCAUCAUCUUCCACCCGGAGCAGAACGUCCAGAAGAGGAAGCGCAGCUUCAAAGCCGUAGUCCAGGCGGCCACCGUGUCCACGCGCCUGUCCCAGAAGGUCAACGACAAGCAGAACGGAGAGUCCAAGAUGGAGCCGGACAGGUCGCAGUGACCCGACGUGGUCAGGGGGUCGGCAUUCAGAGCCAGAAGCAUCUGAGCGCCUGUUUCUGUCCUCUAGUCGUGAAACCAAACGACCAGCAAAUGUGGAGGUUUAUAAAACUUUAUUUAACCUGGAAUGAAGAAUGGAAACCAAGGAAAAACUAACACUCACACACAUCGGGACUGUAACAAUACUGAGCCAUCUUGAAUCAAAUGGAAAAACAACUGUUUGUUAUCCACCUGCAGAAUUCUGGCGUAAUUCUGCGUGGAUGUUUCACCACUCUUCUUCUUAGGAAUGGCCAACGCAUUUAAAUCGCAUUCAUUCCACAAAGCCCGAUGUCGGCCAGCUUCAUGCAUUCCAAAAAGCUAUUUUAAUUCGGAGUGCACCGAUACAUUUUGCAGAUAGGACGAUAUUUGCGAGAGUAGCCGAUCUUAUGCAUCCCUUUUCUCUGCUGGUUUAACCGACAGAUGUUCUACCAGGUCACAUCUGCACGUCGCCAACGAUGCGACUUUGUUGCUUUAUUCACCAACUUUCCGGACAAAAAAAAAAGCCCAAAACAAAACCAGAUCGGCCCAAAAAUUCACAUCUAAUUUAUAUUUCAAAUAACAUUUUUAAAAAGAUGCUGUUUGGGUUAAAGAAUGAUUCAAAUGCGUGUCUGAAAGCCUUUCACGGGUGGAGCCAUGCUGGUGGACAUAAACGUCUCAGCAGGACUGUCCUUAUACCUCAGCUCGAUGGAGAUGCGUCAGAAAUUGAAACGCUCCUUCAGAAAUGCUGCUUAGGAAAAAGAAAAGCAUUUUCCUUUGUCCUACAGGAAGAUUUACAUUGUUAGUGGAAGCCGUCGGGACCGAGCGGCUCCUGAAGCACCGCAUGGUUUACGUGUUUCUGAAUGUCUCACAUAUUGUUCAUGAGGGACGAGCGUCUCUUCUCACACUGGAGGGAGGCAGAUUUAUCACUAUGUCUGUAUCGCUGCUGGUCUCAAUAGCCAGUGGCUUAUGUCAUGCAAUAUUUAUUUCUUUUUUAAGUAAUGUAAUAAUGAGACAACCUAAUUUGUUUUUAAGUGGAAACUUCAUUUAGGGGCACAUACAGGACGUGGGUGACUGUGAGGAGGAUGUCUGUUCCCCACCUGGUACUUUCACAUCAGCAUUAAGGAAAACAAUGUUUGGUAUUUCCCCAUAUUGUCUGUGAAAAUAUGAAGCGUUCUGUGAAAAGGUCAGGCUGCAUGGCGGCUCCACGCAGCCGCUCGGCCUUCGUCGGAAUGGAAAAUACGUCCGAGGAAAUGUCGGGAAUGAUUAAAAUGACACCGAGUCAAUACGAGCUCAUGUUCGCCGAAUAGACCUUUUUUAGUUUCCUUCGUAAACUUCAUUCAUCUCAGGAUUUUCUUUUUUUUUUUUUUACAACAAAGUAACGAGUUAAGGAGCACGACUUGAACUUUUUCUCUUUCUUGUUUCACCGAACUUAAGAAAAUGUUUUUACCCUUUAGUGGUGCUUCUUUGUUUGAAGGAUGGACUGUAGGUUUGUGGUCUUUUUUAUUUUUAUUUUUUUUGGAGGAGUAACAUUUUUUAAGAUUGAAGUGUGAAAAGGUAACAGAAUUCAAACAUGUUUCAGAUCAGAGUUGUUUUGUUUUUUUACCUAAUCUUGUCCUCAACAUUUAAAAUUAUUGCCUUUCUUUUGAUGUUUAGAGCUAGAAAUAAAAUGGUGUUAGCUUGUACUGCUAACGGCAGCGCCGGUUGGCAAAUCCUGCUGGUUUUUGAACCUUGACCUGAAACAUGGCUUACUGGCAACUAACUGAAUCCUAUCAGAACUGAGCAGCUACCUUCACUAAACGCAUGUUUAUGUCACAAAGAAAAUUUGUUUGCAGGUUGUUCUUUGAUUAGAAAUUGUUUAAUUUGGAUUUUGGCCUACAGCUAUAAAAAUUCAAAUUUCAGUUUCUUAAGUAAAAAGGAGCACGUUUAUUAGAUCAAUAGACACAUAAUGUCAAAGGAAUAAAUAAAAUAGUUUGUGAUGCCCUCUGCUGGAGAGCACUGCUCAGUGCAAAUAUUAGGGGAACAAAAACAGACCAAAAUAAUAAUAAAAAGUUUAUUUUUGAGCUGGCUGACAC